UCCUUGCGGAAGUAAACACGAUCCACUUCACGUGGAGCGAAAAUGGCACCGAUGUUGGAACGUUAUGUGAGUCCAGGAAAGGGGAACGGUUUACGGGCCACCGCCAAGAUCAGAAGAGGGGUUCUGGUUACCUCUGCCGAACCCGUGGCGUACUGUGUUUCCAACAAACGGGCCAGAGAGGUCUGCCAUCACUGCUUUACCCGUUGUGAGACCUUGCUGAGGUGUUCUCAGUGUAAGAUGGCUCGUUACUGCAAUUCUGCCUGUCAGAAACGAGCGUGGCCGGGUCAUAAGAAGGAGUGUAGAUGUCUGUGCAGCCUCCUACCCAGACAUCCGACCGAUUCAGUGCGCCUUGCUGCAAGGCUCAUUUUUACCCUGUUAAACCCACUUCAGAGCAGUAAGGAGGAGCUCUACAGUAUUGACGAGCAUGAAUCCCAUCUGGAUUCGAUGCCUGAACAAAAGAAAGAAGGUCUGUCUGAACUGGCGACCAUGUUGGAGCUGUACAUGAAAACAGAAAUUCCUGACCUGAAACAGAGAAUGACAUCAGAGCUGCCACUUUCCUGUCGAGAGGCCCUCAGCAUCAUUGCAAAGGUGACGUGUAAUUGUUUCACCAUCAGUGAUGGGGAGCUACAGGAGAUAGGAGUGGGGCUGUAUCCAAGUUUAUCUCUGUUGAACCACGACUGCCGGCCCAACUGCGUGAUGGUCUUUAAUGGGACAGAACUGCAGCUCAGAGCUGUGCAGGAUAUUAACCCAGGAGAGGAGCUAAGGAUAAGUUAUAUUGAGACAUUGUCUUUGACUGAAGAUCGGCAGAAGCAGCUGGAGGAGCAGUAUCAUUUCACCUGCCACUGCCAACGCUGCAGCUCAAAGGAACAGGAUGGAGUCAUGCUGUCAGGGAGGGAAGCAGCCUGGCGCCAGCUAAAGGAAGCCCUACCAAGGCUGGAAGGACUGCAGUUAGAGUCCAAUUGGCUGGAACUUUUAGAGAGUUGCAGCAAUCUGCUUACAUCUGCUGGUGAGGAAGUUCCCGAUGAAAAUCUCUAUAAGCUCAAGAUUACUGAUAUGGCUUUGGAUGCUUCUGUUCAUCUGGGGCGAUGGGAGGAGGCGUUGUCAUUUGGGCUCAAGACCCUUCCAUCUUACAGAUUGUACUAUGCUGAUCCUCACCCUGUUCAUGGAGUCCAGCUGAUGAGAGUGGGAAAACUGCAGCAUCACCUGGGCUGCAUUGAGGAUGCUUUGGAGUCCUUCAAAGAGGCCUUCAAAAUCUUGAAGCUGACUCAUGGCGAAGAUCACCCUCUGAUAGUUGACCUGAUGAUGAAGAUGGAGGAAUGUCGUAGUGAGAUAGAUCUUCAGCAACCAUCCAACUAAACUUAAUUAGAUAUAGAUGCUGUCUUGUUCUUAUGUGCAUGUUAGCUUUUAAAUGGCUGAGUUUUGUGUCUACAUUUUCUAAUUAAACUCAAACUCUUUUGCAAAGAAA